AUGCAGUGUGAAAAGAACUACAAUGUUCAAAGUAAAGCUUAUUUUAAUUUUGUACUUUUUGUUUUCAAAAGAAGCAAAAUAGUGUGCGACNUGAAAGGUGGACCUGGAAGUAGGUUAGGUAUACAUCGUCAUUAUGAUCAAGUAUAUGGUUAUACCUUUAAAGGUGCUUGGGGUUAUAAAGAACAUCCUGAAUGGUUAUCUCGAGCAGGUGAUGUUAUUCAUGAAACUCCUGGAUCUGUUCAUACAUUGUAUAUUGAUGAAAAUCAUGGAGAAACAGAAGUUUUAUUUUUUGUUUGGGGUACUUUAGAAUAUUUAGAUGAAUUUGGUAAUACAAUUGCUAUUGAAGAUUGGAGAUCAAUUUUAGGAAAAUAUGUUAAUUAUUGUGAAAAAAAUAAUUUACCCAUUAUUGAUAUAACUUAUCCAAAAAGUAAAGUUCCAGAUGUACAUUUUCAUAAUAAAGACAAAAUUGAAUUAUAA